ACGGCGCUGUGGAGGUGGCGGCCAUCUUGGCAGCGGAGCGAUGAACGGGGCGAACCCCAAGGCUUCGGCCGCGGGGACGGCAGCUGGGUCUGGGGGGCUGGUGGCUGGCAAGGAGGAAAAGAAGAAGGCGGGGGGCGGCGUCCUGAACCGACUCAAGGCGCGGCGCCAGGCGCCCCAACACGCGUUCGGCGACGGUAUCGGGACGGUGGUCACCGAGCAGGAGCUACUGGCGCUGGACACCAUCCGGCCCGAGCACGUCCUGCGCCUCAGCCGGGUCACCGAGAAUUAUUUGUGUAAACCGGAAGACAACAUCUACAGUAUUGAUUUUACCCGCUUCAAAAUUCGAGAUUUGGAGACGGGGACAGUGCUUUUUGAGAUUGCCAAACCUUGCAUUUCAGAUCACCAGGAAGAGGAGGAGGAAGAGGAGGGUGGAGAUGUGGAUAUCAGCGCGGGACGUUUUGUCCGUUACCAGUUCACACCAGCAUUUCUCCGCCUCCGGACAGUUGGUGCUACAGUGGAGUUCACAGUAGGAGAUAAACCUGUCUCAAACUUCCGGAUGAUUGAACGACAUUAUUUCCGAGAACGCCUGUUGAAAAACUUUGACUUUGAUUUCGGCUUCUGCAUCCCCAGCAGUAGGAACACCUGUGAGCACAUCUAUGAAUUUCCCCAGCUUUCGGAGGACGUCAUUCGUCUGAUGAUUGAAAACCCUUAUGAGACCCGCUCUGACAGCUUCUACUUUGUGGACAACAAGCUGAUAAUGCACAACAAGGCUGAUUAUGCCUAUAAUGGAGGCCAGUAACUGCUACUGGGAUGGACAGAGGAGGUGCUUUGCUAGGGCCUAGUGUCCUGGCACACAGAGGGGAUUGCAUCUGCUGCUUAUCAGCAGACAUGUGGAAACUGUCUAGAGGCGAUGGCUGGGGUGGCGGCUUCCUGUGCUCCAGGGAGGUGCCAAGCAGUGUUUUCCUUUUUUUCCUUGUUCUUUAAGUCACAGCGGUAUUAUAGUAAAGUAAAAAAUUAGAAUG